AUGUCUUGUCCUACCCAUAACAAUGCAUCAACUCUUGAGCUACAGCUGGAGAGGGCGAACUUCAUUGGAACGGCCCUUUCUGCAGUGGCUUAUGGAACCCACAUAACCCUGUUUGUGAUGACUCUGAGAUAUUAUCUGAGGCCAAUUGGGAGGCGGGAUUGGCUAUCCUUAGCCUACUCUGUCCUUCUUCUCUCCCUCGCCACAGCCGGCUUGGCUUUAGAGCUGCAGUGGGAUAUCGUGGUCUUCAUAGAUCACGGGAAUUGCCCAGGAGGCCCUUUCACUUUCCUGAGUCAAGACAGUGGUAACCCGACGAACGUUGCUAUGACUUCGAUCUUUAUCGUUAUGAAUUGGCUUGUCGAUGCGCUGCUGUUGUACCGGAUCUGUUCCAUCUUCUGCCACAAAUGGUCGGCUUGGUUUUUGUCCAUUCUGCUGCUUGUUGCGUUGAUAGCGGUUGGUUGUGCAUUCUUACCCGAUCUUGCCGCCCUCGGCUUAGACUUACGGGCACAUGUGCGCAACCCUCGUUGUGUUGCAUUCUUGGCACUGUCGCUCUCGCUUAACGUGAUCAUCUCCUGCCUAAUCCUCAUUCGAGUCCUCUACCUGUAUCACGGAAUCUGGAACAGCUUCACUGGGCCAACGACCUGCACUUCUCUAGUGGCAGUGCUCACCACAUCUGAAACGGUCUACAGUAUCCUCACAGUAGCCGUGAUCAUUGUCCUUGCGGUCGACAGUCCUGUGCAGGCGGCAUUCCUUCCGAUCUUAGGACAGUUGCAGGCAAUUCCGCCCGUGAUAACUAUCCUGCGGUUGGUGAAACGUCGGCACCAGGCAUUGGUCACCCCACCAAGUGUCCUGCAGUUUAAGCCGACACGCGGUCCGCUAUCUCCGAUUGACAAUGACUCGGGCACCAUUUCAUUCCCUAUCUCCUUCGAGAGCACUGGGCCAUGUCAUCCGCCGUUCGAACCUGAGGCACGUGUGGAUCUUGAAGCGGGCAAGUAUGAUGCGCAUAUGGAUUAUUUGGACUCCACAUUGCCACACCCACUGAAGGUGCACAUAGUAUGA